CCCUGGGCCGAGCCCACCCUGCUGUGCUUUGGGCUCCUACCGGCUGCAGGCAUGGCUGAGCAGGGCACCCAAGUCGCUCACUUCAAGCUUCGAGCUUGCCUGCUGCUGGUGCUGUGGCAGUGGGCGCAGAGAGCUGCGGCAGCGCCGUGCCAGCAUGGGGAGCUGAGAGCCAUCAGCAAGGACCAAGAGAAAUGCUGCCCCCAGUGCAGCUCGGGCACAGCAAACAGCAGGCCAUGUCCAGACAUCGAGGACCAGGACUGCAAAUGCCCCCGGGGGUACAGCUGUGCUGACACCGCCUGCAGCAGCUGCCAGAAACUGCCUGAGUGCAUGGAGGGAGAGGAGCUGGUCAGGCUGGGCUUUGUGGACUUCACAUUCCAGUGUAAACCCUGCGAGUGGGGGACCUACUCCAACGUCAAGUACAGUUGGUGCCGCAACUGGACCGACUGUGAAAGCUUUGGGUUUCUAACCAUCAGGGCAGGCAACAGCACCCACAAUGCAGUAUGUGGCCUACCUACUGAAGAUCUGCAACGAGCUCCUGUGAAAGCUCUCUCUCUCUACACCACCAUCCUGGCCAUCCUCACUGCUGUGGCUCUGUUUGUCCUCAUCCUGCUGACCUUCCUCUUGCAUUUCUGCAUCUGGUCGCUGAAUAAAGAGAAAUACUCCACAGCAGAGAAUCUGGAGCAUCACUUCCCCUGGCACCUGGUACCUCCACAACCCUCACACCACAGAGAGGAAACUUCCAGCUGCCAGUUUCCAGAAGAAGAACAUGGAGAGAAAAGCCCAGAGGAAAAGCCUUGCCCUUUCCACCUCCCAUGAGAACAGCUCUCUGGCUCUCUGCUGGGAGUGGGGGGCAGCUGGGCUCAGCUUGCCAAGCAACCAGGAGGGAGGAGCUGGGGGUCUGAAGCAUGCUUGGAUACCUAGGAAUAAGGAGUGGGCUUGGGAGGAGCUUUGCUUUGCUUCUGUUCACCAAGCCUAGCACUUAGAGAUAGGGAAGCUGCUAAGCCAGGCUGGCAUUCGGUGCAGCUGUGCUGCUGCAAGGUCCCUGGCUUUGGGGGAGGGCUUAUUUUGGGAUGUUCUUUUCAUCUUCGGGGCUGGGGGACCCUCCUUGUGCAUCUUCUGUGUGUCUCUGUGGAGCUCCAACAGAUUGAUGUGUUUGCAG